AUGUUCCUGAUCACGGCUCUAUUCCUGAUUGCCUCUGUUUCUGCUCGACCGCAGUUUGGAGGAUUCCCGGGGGGUCCGCCACCAGGAAUGCAAGGUGGAUUUCCUGGAGGACCUGGUGGACAACGACCCGGAGGAAUGUCUCCAAUUCCACCACCAGUUGCAGCUGUUCUUCCGCCGCAGACGCUUGCGGAACUUGAAGCUAUUCAUAGAGACUCUUCCCUUUCUGAAUUGGAUAAGCAUAGAAAGAUUGACACUAUUAUGGUUAAUCUUCCAGAAGAAAUUCAGAACAAGAUUCCUCCACCGCCAGGAUUCACACAGCUUCCGGCUGAUGUGCAAACGAAGCUGAAGCAGAUUGGCAGAGACAAGUCCCUUGACUUCCACGGUCGCUACAAUGCCAUUAGACAGGUGAUCGAAGGCUUGUCACCGGAACACAAACGCCUCUUGCCGCCACCACCACCACCACCGCCAGCUGCGAGUUUCCGUCAAUUUUAA